AUGUCUUCUAAAGAAGAAAGGGACAUAUCGUCCAAAUCAGAAGAUGGUGAUACCAAUUCGUAUGCUGAGUCUAUUCAUUCAUAUGAUGAAAUGCAUAUGGAUGAUGAACAACUAAACGUCACUUCACAACUAUCCAGACACAUUUCACACAUGCUAUCAAAUGAAGUCGGUGUAGAAAAAUUAGAAUCUCUAGCCAAAGUCAUUUCUACAAAGACAAAAAAAGAAAUGGAUGCGUUCGAAGUUAAUGAAUUAGAUUUUGAUUUAAGAUCCCUAUUGAACUACUUGAGAUCCCGUCAAUUGGAACAAGGUAUUGAACCUGGUGAUUCAGGUAUUGGUUUCAAAGGUGUCACUACUGUAGGUAUCGAUGCUUCUGCUGCUUUUGGUCCAUCUGUGGAAGAAAUGUUAAGGGAUAUGGUCACCUGGCCAAAACAUAUAAUCAAUAAAUUUAAAAAACAAAAUGAUACACCUUUAAGAAACAUCAUUCAAAACUGUACCGGUGUUGUAGAGUCCGGUGAAAUGUUAUUUGUUGUUGGUAGACCAGGUGCAGGGUGUUCCACACUUCUAAAGACUCUUUCUGGUGAAACUGACAGUUUUGUAUCUGUUGGUGGUGAAUUCUCCUAUGAUGGUUUAGAACAAAAGGAAAUGAUGGAAAAGUAUAAGGGUUAUGUUAUCUACUGUCCUGAAUUAGAUUUCCAUUUCCCCAAGAUCACUGUGAAAGAAACUAUUGAUUUUGCUCUUAAAUGUAAAACCCCACGUACUAGAAUCGAUAAUAUGACAAGAAAAGAAUAUGUCGAUAAUAUGAGAGAUAUGUGGUGUACCGUGUUUGGGUUGAGACAUACUUAUGCUACUAAAGUUGGUAAUGAUUUUGUUAGAGGGGUUUCUGGUGGUGAAAGAAAAAGAGUUUCUUUAGUGGAAGCUCAAGCUAUGGGUGCCUCAAUAUAUUCAUGGGAUAAUGCUACCAGAGGUUUAGAUGCAUCCACUGCAUUAGAAUUUGCCCAAGCUAUUAGAACAGCUACCAAUAUGAUGAAUAAUUCUGCAAUUGUUGCAAUUUAUCAAGCUGGUGAAAACAUCUAUCAAUUAUUUGAUAAGGCAACUGUUCUAUACAAUGGUAGACAAAUAUAUUUUGGCCCUGCUGAUAAAGCUGUGGAUUACUUCGAAAGAAUGGGAUGGAUCAAGCCAAAUAGAAUGACAUCUGCAGAAUUUUUAACAUCUGUUACUGUAGAUUUUGAGAACAGAACCUUAGACAUCAAACCAGGCUUUGAAGAUAAAGUUCCAAAAUCUAGUCAUGAAUUUGAAGAAUACUGGUUAAACUCUCCUGAAUAUCAAGAAUUACUUACUGCAUAUGACGAUUAUACCCAAAGACAUCCAAUUGAAGAAACAAGAGAUAGAUUACAAAUCGCCAAGAAACAAAGAUUACAAGCUGGUCAAAGAGAGAGCUCUCAAUAUGUUGUCAACUAUUGGACUCAAGUCUACUAUUGUAUGAUUCGUGGGUUCCAAAGAGUUAAAGGUGAUUCCACUUAUACCAAAGUUUAUUUAUCUUCUUUCUUAAUUAAAGGGUUAAUCAUCGGUUCUAUGUUCCAUAGAAUUGAUAACAAGAGUCAGUCAACAACUGGUGGUGCCUAUUCUCGUGGUGGUCUUCUAUUCUACGUCUUAUUAUUCGCUUCCGUUACUUCUUUGGCUGAAAUUGGUAAUUCCUUUGCUACAAGACCAAUUAUUGUGAAACACAAGUCAUAUUCUAUGUAUCACUUAUCUGCUGAAUCGUUACAAGAAAUCAUUACUGAACUACCAACUAAAUUUGUUGCUAUCUUAAUUCUAUCUUUGGUUACAUAUUGGAUUCCUCUUUUGAAAUAUGAAGCAGGUGCAUUUUUCCAAUACUUGUUAUAUCUACUAACUAUUCAACAAUGUACCUCUUUUAUUUUUAAAUUCGUCGCUACUUUAACGACGGAUGCAGUAACUGCACAUGCCAUUGGUGGUUUAUGGGUGAUGAUUCUUUGUAUUUACUGUGGGUUCGUGUUACCUAUUGGUGAAAUGCAUCAUUGGAUUAAAUGGAUUCAUUUCUUAGACCCCUUAACAUAUGCUUUUGAAAGUUUAAUGUCUACUGAAUUCCAUGGAAGAGAAAUGCUAUGUAGUGAAUUAGUUCCAAGUGGUCCAGGUUAUAAAAAUGUCUCCAUCGCAAAUCAAAUAUGUAAUGCUGCUGGUGCUGUGAAAGGUAAUAGAUAUGUUAGUGGUGAUGCUUACAUUGACCAUCAAUAUCACUUUGGCUACAGACAUGCUUGGAGAAACUGGGGUGUGAAUGUCGUGUGGACUUUUGGUUAUAUUUGUGCAAAUGUUUUCUUAUCAGAGUUCUUGAAACCAAUCUCUUCUGGUGGGGACUUAUUACUUUACAAGAGAGGUCAUAUGCCGGAAUUUGGGACUGAAUCUGCUGAAGGUAAAACUGCUUCUAGAUCAGAAAUGAUGGAAGCAUUAAAUGGUCCAGGUGUUGAUCUAGAAAAAGUCAUUGCAUCUAAGGAUGUUUUUACAUGGAAUCAUCUAAACUACACUAUUCCUUACGAUGGUGCAACUAGACAAUUACUAUCUGAUGUCUUUGGUUAUGUUAAACCUGGUAAAAUGACUGCUUUAAUGGGUGAAUCUGGUGCUGGGAAGACAACCUUGUUGAAUGUUUUGGCUCAAAGAAUUAAUAUGGGUGUUAUCACUGGUGAUAUGUUGGUCAAUGGUAAACCAUUACCUGCUUCUUUCAACAGAUCUUGUGGGUACGUUGCCCAAGCUGAUAAUCAUAUGGCGGAACUUUCUGUUAGAGAAUCUUUAAGAUUUGCCGCUGAAUUAAGACAACCAAAAUCUGUACCUCUUGAAGAGAAAUAUGAAUAUGUGGAAAAGGUUAUUAAAUUGUUAGGUAUGCAGAAUUAUGCAGAAGCAUAUAUUGGUCAAACUGGUAGAGGUUUAAAUGUUGAACAAAGAAAAAAAUUAUCUAUUGGUGUUGAAUUAGUUGCAAAACCAUCAUUACUGCUAUUUUUAGAUGAACCUACCUCUGGUCUAGAUUCACAAUCUGCUUGGUCUAUUGUUCAAUUUAUGAGAGCUUUAGCCGACUCUGGUCAAUCAAUUUUGUGUACUAUCCAUCAACCUUCUGCAACUUUAUUUGAACAAUUUGAUAGAUUAUUAUUGUUGAAAAAGGGUGGUAAAAUGGUCUAUUUUGGUGAUAUUGGUGAAAAUUCCUCGACCUUAUUAAGCUACUUCGAACGCCAGUCUGGUGUUAAAUGUGGUAUUUCAGAAAAUCCUGCUGAAUAUAUCUUAAACUGUAUUGGGGCUGGUGCUACUGCCUCCGUCAAUACUGACUGGCACGAAUUAUGGUUAGCUUCACCCGAAUGUGCUGCAGCAAGAGCAGAAAUCGAACAAUUACAUAGUGAUCUUCCAAGUAAACCAACUUCUGAUAAUCCUGAAUUGGGUAGUAGAUUUGCUGCUUCCUAUUUAACUCAAAUGAAAUGUGUGAUUCGUAGAACUUUAAUUCAAUUCUGGAGGUCUCCUAUUUAUAUUAGAGCUAAGUUCUUAGAAUGUGUCACAUGUGCAUUAUUUAUUGGUUUAUCCUAUAUUCGUAUUAAUCAUUCUGUUGGUGGUGCUUCUCUAGCCUUCUCUUCUACCUUCAUGUUAUUAGUUAUUGCUUUGGCCAUGAUUAACCAACUUCACGUCUUUGCUUACGAUUCGAGGGAACUAUAUGAAGUAAGAGAAGCUGCCUCAAAUACCUUCCAUUGGAGUGUUUUAUUGUUAUCUCACACUCUUGUCGAAUUAAUGUGGACUUGGAUUUGUCAGUUCUUCGUUUGGCUAUGUUACUACUGGCCAUCUGGUUAUAAUUCAUCUGCUCCACAAGCUGGUUACUUCUAUUUCUUCUAUGCUCUCAUUUUCCCAAUUUACUUUGUUACCUAUGGUCUGUGGAUUCUUUACAUGUCACCAGACGUUCCAUCAGCAUCGAUGAUCAACUCUAACUUAUUCGCUGCUAUGAUGUUAUUCUGUGGGAUUCUUCAACCGGAAAGAAAAGCUCCAAGAUUUUGGAGUUUUAUGUUUGAUGUCUCUCCAUUCACCUAUGUUAUUCAAUCGUUAGUUGCUCCUGCCAUUCACAACAAGAAAAUAACUUGUGGUCCUAAUGAAUUUUUGAGAAUGGAUCCACCAGAGGGUCAAACAUGUGGUACCUAUUUAUCAAGAUAUAUUAAAGAUCAUAGUGGUUAUUUAUUAGAACCAAAUGCUACUUCAGAUUGUCUAUACUGUCCAUACAAGACUGCGGAUGAAGUUGUUGCCAAAUUCAACGUUAAGUGGAAGUACAGAUGGAGAAAUUUUGGUUUUAUGUGGGUUUACAUUUGCUUUAAUGUUAUCGCUAUGUUACUUUGCUACUAUGUUAUGAGAGUUAAAGUAUGGAGUUUGAAGUCAGUCUUGGACUUUAAGAGAUGGUUCAAUGGUCCAAGAAAAGAAAGACAUGAAAAGGAAAGCAAUAUCUUCAAAGCCACAAAAGAAGAUAAGGAAAGAGUUACGAAACAUUAG